AUGGAAUAAUAAAUCAAUAGGAUCUAUAACAAAAGCAAUAGCAAUGGAAUUACAUUAAAUCUUUAUAAAAAAUAUUGCUUAAAAAUGAAAAUUGGAAAGACAUCUAAGAAUUGCUCUAUAUGCUUCAUAAAAUUCGAAUAAGGUGAUAUUAUUAAUUAAUUACCAUGUAAGCAUAUAUUUCACUCUAAAUGUAUAAAGCCAUGGUUAAAUUUGAGUCCAUGCUGUCCAAAUUGUAGAUUAGAUUUAAAAAAAUAUGAUUUAGAGUAAAAAAAAAAUAUGAAAAAAUAAGAAUGUUGUUAAAUCUAGCCUAUAAAUGAAGAGUAGAUCAAUAUUAAUCAGCAUUAAAUCCAAAUUUCUAUAUAAGAAAACCAAAUUUCUUAAUGA